GGAAUCGAAAGAUUUAGUCUUACAACACCAAUUUAAUCUUUCGUUCAUUCAUUCGUCACUAAAGUCAAGUGUCAAAAAUGUUGAUGGACAUGUUAUUUUACUGUCAAGCAGUGUGAAACAUAAAUAAAGCGUAUGAGUUUUUAUAGAAAUCAUGACUUAAUACUUAGGCCUAAACAGUUAAUAUGAAAUAAUUUAUUUAAAAAUAUAUCAACUACUUACGUAUUCGUUUUAAUGACAUUAUGGAUGGAUUAAUUCACGCGGCAUUGGAAGCAGAGGUAAUAUUAAAUCGCGCGAAACAUGUGAAUACCAACUUAUCGCCAUUUGACAGUGGUGUCCCAGACCAUAAAAUGACUUGGACUCAUGAUAAAAUGCAUCUAGCGGAGCCAGUCGAUGAAUCUAGGACGAAGGUCCAACGGAGUGUUGGUGGUGCGCCAUCUAAAACUCUAGAGAAAUUCGAUUUGUUUAAGAAAUUACAUGAGUUGUACAGUGAGUUGAGUCGGGAUGAAGUGUUGCAUGGAAACUUUCAGGGGCUGAAAACAUCAUCAUACUUAUUAGAAAAGUUACUAGCAAAGUACAAUCUUAAUACUUUAAUUGUAAACCUAUAUCCAGGGAACAAGGGAUAUUCCUUAUCACUAAAAAUCAAUGGCAAUACACAGCACAACCCUGGAGAUCCUAAUACAUCAACUAGCCAAGAUGAGACAUUAAUAGAGACCCCUCGGUGGCCAUAUGAGGAGGAGGAUUUGCUUAGUUACAUAGACAAUGAAGAGUUACCCGUGGUGCUGCUGGACUUACUAGAGGCGGAGCAUUCCUGCCUGUUCUACUCUGGCUGUAUUAUAGCACAAAUAAGGGACUACAGACAGGCAUAUCCAAGUUUCUUGUGUGAUACUCACCAUGUGCUUUUGAGACCGACCAAUCAGAGUAUAAUAACGGACGCGUCGUGCAUCGGCGGGCGCUGCGGCUGGGCGGGCGAGGAGCGCGGCGCGCUGGAGGCCGUGGAGGCGGCGCUCGUGCACGCGGCCGCGCCGCCGCUGUGUCUGGACCCGCGGCCCGCGGUCGGCCUGCUGGCCGCCCGGCUGCACGCCGCGCCCCGGCUGUUGAACACCCCCCGGAUACGGCGGCAGGCCCGGCGGUUCUCGCAGGCGGCGCUCGUGCACGCGGCCGCGCCGCCGCUGUGUCUGGACCCGCGGCCCGCCGUCGGCCUGCUGGCCGCCCGGCUGCACGCCGCGCCCCGGCUGUUCAACACCCCCCGGAUACGGCGGCAGGCCCGGCGGUUCUCGCAGGUUACAUCACUCUCUCUAGGGCUGGAGGCCGUGGAGGCGGCGCUCGUGCACGCGGCCGCGCCGCCGCUGUGUCUGGACCCGCGGCCCGCGGUCGGCCUGCUGGCCGCCCGGCUGCACGCCGCGCCCCGGCUGUUGAACACCCCCCGGAUACGGCGGCAGGCCGUGGAGGCGGCGCUCGUGCACGCGGCCGCGCCGCCGCUGUGUCUGGACCCGCGGCCCGCGGUCGGCCUGCUGGCCGCCCGGCUGCACGCCGCGCCCCGGCUGUUCAACACCCCCCGGAUACGGCGGCAGGCCCGGCGGUUCUCGCAGGUUACAUCACUCUCUCUAGGGCUGGAGGCCGUGGAGGCGGCGCUCGUGCACGCGGCCGCGCCGCCGCUGUGUCUGGACCCGCGGCCCGCCGUCGGCCUGCUGGCCGCCCGGCUGCACGCCGCGCCCCGGCUGUUCAACACCCCCCGGAUACGGCGGCAGGCCCGGCGGUUCUCGCAGGUUACAUCACUCUCUCUAGGGCUGGAGGCCGUGGAGGCGGCGCUCGUGCACGCGGCCGCGCCGCCGCUGUGUCUGGACCCGCGGCCCGCGGUCGGCCUGCUGGCCGCCCGGCUGCACGCCGCGCCCCGGCUGUUGAACACCCCCCGGAUACGGCGGCAGGCCCGGCGGUUCUCGCAGGUUACAUCACUCUCUCUAGGGCUGGAGGCCGUGGAGGCGGCGCUCGUGCACGCGGCCGCGCCGCCGCUGUGUCUGGACCCGCGGCCCGCGGUCGGCCUGCUGGCCGCCCGGCUGCACGCCGCGCCCCGGCUGUUGAACACCCCCCGGAUACGGCGGCAGGCCCGGCGGUUCUCGCAGGUGGCUGUAAAUAGGAAAAGAAAACUGGACCAAUUCACUCAUUACCAUGGUUUGGAGCUGCUAGAGCUGAUCCACAGGCAGAGAGCGAAGAAUAGUAGGCAGUCCGUUCCUCACACUCGGUUGACGUCCAAAUUUCCAAAGAAACCACCAGAGGUAUUCAAGCCUAUAGAGGGGGCUCGCAUGGAGCCGGCGCCGCUGGCGCCGCCCUCGUCGCCCACGGCGCCGCUGCGGCUGGCGCGCGCCUACGAGCGGCCGCGCGCCACGCCCGACUGCCAGCCGCAGCUGGUGGAGGAGUACGUGCUGGAGACCGAGAAGACCCCCCCCCACGCCGGCGCCGGCUUCUUCCACAUCAAGCUGUCCAUCCUGCAGCGGCCCUCAGACCAGGAGUUCCUGGGGGAGCUCUAUGUCGACAGAGACCAUGUCGACGGCGAGAGGAACGGAGCGGCGUGCCGGUUUACCUUAGGUUCAAGACUGCAAGCCAACAAGUACAUCCAGCAGUUCACCGAGAUCUUCACGGAGGAGGGCCGCAAGUCCGUGCGGAUAAAGCACAUAGUGCCCGGGCAGCUGCCGAGGGUGUCCUUCACUGGCGGCAUGAGGGAGAUGUUCACCGAGAUCUUCACGGAGGAGGGCCGCAAGUCCGUGCGGAUAAAGCACAUAGUGCCCGGGCAGCUGCCGAGGGUGUCCUUCACUGGCGGCAUGAGGGAGAUGUUCACCGAGAUCUUCACGGAGGAGGGCCGCAAGUCCGUGCGGAUAAAGCACAUAGUGCCCGGGCAGCUGCCGAGGGUGUCCUUCACUGGCGGCAUGAGGGAGAUGUUCACCGAGAUCUUCACGGAGGAGGGCCGCAAGUCCGUGCGGAUAAAGCACAUAGUGCCCGGGCAGCUGCCGAGGGUGUCCUUCACUGGCGGCAUGAGGGAGAUGGUAAGACAAUUACAACCGAGCUACGUCUACGUCUGCAGACUCCAGACUGCCAGCCAACAAGUACAUCCAGCAGUUCACCGAGAUCUUCACGGAGGAGGGCCGCAAGUCCGUGCGGAUAAAGCACAUAGUGCCCGGGCAGCUGCCGAGGGUGUCCUUCACUGGCGGCAUGAGGGAGAUGACUCCAGACUGCAACCCAAAAAGUAUAUCCAGCAGUUCACCGAGAUCUUCACGGAGGAGGGCCGCAAGUCCGUGCGGAUAAAGCACAUAGUGCCCGGGCAGCUGCCGAGGGUGUCCUUCACUGGCGGCAUGAGGGAGAUGGGCCAGCAAUUAUUGCAGCAGCGCUCAGCGGCGGCCAGCAAUGCGACGGUACACACGCACGCUACUACGGGACCUGUUGUAACGCCGGCGAUAUCGGCGACCCCUAAUACUCAUACAAAUGCGCGGCAACUUCCCAUAUUGCAAGCCCAGCUGCAACAAGUUGCGACCGCGAGCAACGUGGCAGCGGGCGGCAGUGCAGGCACCGUGGGCGUGGGUAGCGUGGGCGUGGGCACCGUGGGCGUGGGCAGCGUGGGCGUGGGCAGCGUGGGCGUGGGCAACGUGGGCGUGGCGGCGGCCGUGGCCGAUCCCGCGCUGAAGCAGCUCCCGUCGCCCACCACUCCGAGACUGUCGCCGCAGGUGCAAAAUGCGAGCCACGACAUUCAUUCGACGCAGGCGUCGACGAACCAGUUGCUCGCGCAGCAGCUCACCAACCCGCCGCAGCCGCUCAACCCGCAGAAGAUGCAGUCGGCCAUCAUACACAUACAGCACCCGCUCAUGUCCACCACGGGCACCUCGCAGGUGCAGAACAUACAUUACUCGAGCGCGUCGAGUGCGCAACAGAAGCCCACCAUAACCAAGCCGCGGACGACCAACCCGGCCAUCAGCGCGCUCGUCACCAGUCUCAUGAACUCCGCACAACAGUUCCAACAAGCCGCGAGUCAGAAGUCAGCUGUCAGCAUAGCAAGUACCAGCGCCAACAAGACGAUACUGAACCUGCUGAACAGCGCGCCGGCCGCCAUGACGCACGUGUCGUCCACCGCCGACAGCAUCGAGCACAAGCUGCUGGGGCGGACCGUGUCCAUCGCCGGGGCGAGACUCAUCACUGCCACCACGGCGAGCCACACCAUGCCCACCUUCACGCAGCAGGUAUCUGCAGUCACCACAGACAGUACCAGCGCCAACAAGACGAUACUGAACCUGCUGAACAGCGCGCCGGCCGCCAUGACGCACGUGUCGUCCACCGCCGACAGCAUCGAGCACAAGCUGCUGGGGCGGACCGUGUCCAUCGCCGGGGCGAGACUCAUCACUGCCACCACGGCGAGCCACACCAUGCCCACCUUCACGCAGCAGGUAUUAGGAGGUUACACUUGCGAAUCGAACGAAACAACGAACGUCUCGAGCAGCGAGAGCGCGCUCCUGGAGCGGCUGAUGGGACCCGAACCUGCGUCAUCCGCGCCGCCGCAGCCCGUGUGCCAUGUGCAGGGUCUAAGCCUAGCGUCGCUGCAAGGUCUGCAAGGUCUCCAGGGCCUGCAGAACGUGCAGGUGCAGAUCCCGGGGCUGGCGGCGCCCAUCUCGCUCUCGCUCAACGUGUCGGGCGCGCCUUCCGGCCUGCUCGUGUCCGUGCCGCCCACCACAUCCGUCGUGCUCAACCAGCCCUCCGUGCUGUCGCUGCCCAUAGCCCAGCUGGUGGGCGGCGGCGUGAAGGGCGGCGUGCGCGGCGGCGUGCAGGUGGUGCGCGGGGUCGCGGGGGUCUCGGGGGUCGCGGGGGUCUCGGGGGUCGCGGGGGUCGCGGGGGUCGCGGGGGUCGCAGGGAGCGGCGCGCGCCCCGCCGUGCGCCCCGCGCGGCCCGCGCUGCGCGCCGCCACGCCGCAUCUCCCCACCGUGCGGCCCGGUACCGCUCAGUUCAUCACACAAGCGCAAGCGCAGGCGCUGACGGCGCAGCAGGCGCGGAGACAAUCCAACCCCGACAGCUCCUAG